GCUACACCUCACAAAGUAAAAGGCAAUACAUCAAAGCUCUCAGAUGAAGAAGUUGAUCAUAUUAUAUAUGUGUCCCAACAUAUUAUAUAUUGGAUAUUGAGUUCAAAGCGUACGCGUCGGCUGCUAUAUUAUCAUAUUAUUGAAGAGCUUAAUCUUCCUGUUGGAGUAACAGCCUUAACAUGUUCUUUAAAAAAGCGAGACUAUACAUGUUAUAAAGUACUUUAA